UUUAUUUGGUUUGAACAAUAAACUGUCAUCGCAUGGACCCAGCUCCUCCUCUGUCCUCACCUGAAGAGAGGUGGAGAGCGGAGUCAGCCGCCACGUGCCGCGCUCUCAGCUCUGCUUUGGAUUGUAGUGGUGCGCGAGUUACGCAGCCGCGGGUACGGUCCGCCACACGCAGGCAAACCCGAGACAACACGGAGCGACUGAACCGGGAGAAACAAAAAGAGAAAAGACAGAGGAAGAGCAAGAACAGUGCUUUGAAUCAGCCAGUCUUUUUCGUGAAAGCUCUCCUUUCUGCCGGCGGCGCCCCCCCCUGCUGUUGAGGCUGUGGUAUGAGCCUAUGUGGCAGGAAGGCGUUGACGUUGCUGAGCAGCGUGUUCGCUGUUUGCGCCCUGGGCCUGUUGGGGAUUGCAGUAAGCACCGACUACUGGCUCUACCUGGAGGAGGGUGUUAUCCUUCCCCUCAACCAGAGCACAGAGAUACGCAUGUCCCUCCACUCUGGCCUCUGGAGGGUGUGCUUCUUGGCUGGGGAGGAGAAAGGCAGAUGUUUUACCAUAGAGUAUGUGAUGCCCACUAAUGUCCAGAUGACCUCUGAGUCCACUGUUAGUGUCCUGAAGAUGAUCCGUUCUGCCACUCCAUUCCCGCUGGUCAGCCUUUUCUUCAUGUUCAUUGCUUUUGUACUCAGCAACAUCGGCCACAUCCGACCCCAUCGCACCAUCCUGGCCUUUGUCUCUGGAAUCUUCUUCAUCCUGUCAGGUCUCUCUCUGGUAGUUGGUCUGGUGUUGUACAUCUCCAACAUUAAUGACGAAAUGUUGAACAGAACCAAGACUAAUGAGGCCUACUUCAGUUACAAGUACGGCUGGUCAUUUGCCUUUGCUGCCAUCUCCUUCCUGCUCACUGAGACGGCAGGUGUCAUGUCGGUGUACCUGUUCAUGAAACGCUACACAGCAGAGGAAAUGUACCGGCCUCAUCAGGGCUUCUACCGGCCUCGCCUCAGCAACUGCUCAGAUUACUCUGGUCAGUUCCUCCAUCCAGACGCCUGGGCUGGACGUGGUCGUAGUCCCUCCUCCAUCUCUUCUGAGGCCUCCCUCCAGAUGAACUCUUCCAACUAUCCUGCUCUCCUCAAGUGUCCAGAGUAUGAGCAAAUGUCCUCCUCACCUUGCUGAAGCAGAAGAUGAGUGAUUGUGUUAGCACCGUAGCAUUCAUUUUGAUCUGACUGGAUUCUGUCAUAAAAUUGUCCAAUAAUUUGAUAUUAUCCAGUUUAAAUUCAUCCCUUCUUCAAGUGUCCUGACUAUAACCUGAUUCUCUCUAACCCUCCCUACUGCCGAUUUCUUUUAUUUACACCUUUUGGUUUUGUGGGGAGAAAAAAACUUAGGUUGAAGGUUAGCCAGUUCACUUUAUUCUCAGCUAACCUGUCUUGUUUCAGGGAGAGCUGUUAGAAGAUGAGAGAGGAAAGAGUUUGGUCAGAUUGUACUUUUAUCUGCUUUUCUCUAACUUUGAGCGAUAGGUCCCUAGAAAUCUGCUGAACCGACCAUGGGUGAAGUCAUCUGGAAGGAUUAACUUGAGUGGUUAAAACCUGCAGCAACCCUGCACAUCACCAGACAUGGAGAGUUUAGACAAGGGUUUGGCAACUAUGUGCUAUGGACGCAGGUUUUCAAAAGCAAACACGAGAGAAAGUGCUUUGGAAAAGUGCUUUAGAAUGAUAAAUCUUACAGGGUGGUUCAUGAAUUGUGUUUAAUGAUAAAGUUUAAUGAUAACGUCGUUGCUCAAAUUGUGCACAAGCAAGAUUUACUCACUUCUUCAGUUGCAGAGUGCUGCUUUUUGUUUUAAGAUACUGUAAUAUACUGAAUAUGUACAGCAUGUGGAACACAUUAUGAACGUGAGUUUCAGAAAGAUCAUUUUAUUGACAUACCGGUUUGUAAGCAAACCUUACGAUUAGGGUGACAGGCUGGGAGAGUUGGGUUUAUGACACAUGCUAUUUGACUUUCCUUAUGAAUUUCAUUUAUUUCACCCUCUAUUUCUGUAUCAAGCGUGAUUUUUAAACAAUUUGCAGAUCACACUCACUUUCACUUAACAACCAAAAGUACUUAGAUCCUUUACACAGGUGUCUCAUAAACCUUUUAGGGUGCAACUGAAGAGAGAAAGGCUUCAGUAUUUUUUGUCAAGCCUUUCAACUUCAUUAGUUUUAUUUAUUCCCUUUUAGCAGUCUGAGUACUAACACCAAAGGAAAGGUUUAUAUUAUAGGCUGCUAGUCCAGACAUAUGAGAUACAUUAUAUAUAUUAAUGGUUAUAUAAACUUUGAGUGUAUUAUUGUACUGUAUAUUCUUGUAAAGUAAAGGAAACAGACAGUCACAACAGACACUUUAUUUACUCUCAUAAGUUAUUCUAUUAUUUAUAACAGUACGAGACUGAUUUACAUCAGUGUUUCAGACAAUACAGAUGUAAAUAAACCUUUUUUAUUCUCAGAGAACCUAUGAUUUCUGUAUACAGUGGUCUUCUUAGUUAGUGAGUCAGUCAGUUAAAGAAGUGUAUUUAACCAAAAUAUUAAAAGAAAUCAAGCAUUUCAGGGGCAAUCAACUUAGAGUUACAAAUGUUAUGUGUUUAAAAAGAAGAGAAAGCAAAGUGGGAGACAAUGUCUAUGUGGUCAUGGUUCUGAUGGAGAAUGAGUGAAUGAGUCAAAAAGACAAUUUUGAUAUGAAGCUUUUGUGAAUGUAAGAUUUGUUUCAAGGAAAUUAUGAUUUUUUUUUGCACACAAUGCCACUCCUGUAGAGAUAUAAUAGAUGCAUAUUUUUCUAAUUUACUCCCUCAUAAUGACUAACUGUUCUUUGUUGAUGACAUACAAAUAUACUGCCAAGGAAGUUGUAUCCAGGUUAAGUGGAUUAUGGUAUUGAAUAUAUACAUUUCAUGCAGCAUUAAGUGUGAGUAAACAUAUUACAGAGAAACAUUUUGUCUUGUGCAAUAUUUUUGUUAGUUUGAUAUAUUAUUAUAUAUUAUUAAAAUUAUAAUUAUUGUCAGUAUUUAAUGUUGCAUGUUGUGAACUCCACAUAUUUUUAAUGGCAUGCAACAUUUCAUCACUGGAUCAUGGUAUUCCACCUGCAGUUUAAACAAACACACAUAAAACUAUGAAACACAAACUGUGCUAAGCUCAGCGAAGCUAAGUUCACUCUCAAGAACUGGUUUGGUUUAUACUGUAGACCAGCUACAAUUUGUUUAUUUUAAGCACUGUAAAUAUAAAAUCAUAUGUGUGUAUAUAUAUUCAUUUUUUGUAUAGACAGCAGUACAUGUAAAAAAAUAUGGUUGUUUUGUUGUUGUGUAGAUUCAUCUGCAGUAUAAGUGGCUGCUUUGCCUCCUGCGUCACAUUGAAAAUGUGAGCUUUUGCAUAAUGGUAUACUUACAUAAAGUAUUCAGAUGGUGUCAUUGUCAGACAUGAAAUGUCAAUAUCUGUGUAUUUUUACAAUCAAAGUAAUUUCCAUGAUGUUAAAUGUGCGAUGGAAUAUGUAUACUAAUAAUUAAUUAAUAAAGUUGAA